GCCGUUAUACUUGUUGUUCUCCCAACUAUUUAUCCUGGACAACAUUUUAAUUUUAUACCUAUAGUAAAGUUCUCUCCUCCAAUCUCUCUCUCAAAAUAUCCAUAUUGAAAAAACUUCUUAUUGUGUUGUUCAGAUUUUCUUGUGUAACCUUGUGACAAACAAUGGAGCUGAUUGGUUGAUGCAACAUCUCAAACCUUUUGGUUCUUUGUUGCAGUGAUCAGCUGAAAUUAAGGAAAGGUGGUGUAGUACUAAAAGUCCAUGCUCCUUUUGCAGCUUAUCAUCAAUCUGUCUUUAAUUAUAAAUCACAGCUUUAAUUUAGUACUUGUCCCAAAUACUCUCAACUACACUACUCUUUCUUCAUGUAUCCUUAUGAUGACAUCCAAGAAACAAGCUUGUUUGUGUUUCCUGAUAGCAUUUGUGCAGACCCCAGCUCAACAGAUCAAGAUUUUUUGCCUUCUUCGUUGCUUAAUAUUGUGUUCCCUCCUGAUUUACUCGGUUUCAACCACGAGGGGAUGUUGUUUCAUGAUGAAUUGCACCAGGGGGGUAGUGUUCAAGAAAUGGUGAUCCCUGAGGGUGUUUGUGGUGCCAAGAAGAGGAGGUUAUCAAGUGGAGGGUCUUCGAGGCUUCGUGAGCAGAUUCGGGUGAAUAGGAGGUGCAAGAAAGAUAGGCAUAGCAAGAUUACGACAGCAAAUGGUUGCUCUAGAGGCAGAAGAAUGAGGCUUUCACUAAAUGUUGCUAAGGAGUUUUUUGAGUUACAAGAUAUGCUGGGACAUGAUAAGGCUAGCAAGACGGUGAAAUGGUUGCUUGAGAAAUCUGAAAAUGCCAUCAAUGAGGAGACUCAAAAGCGCGUCUUUGGAAUGAAGGGCAGCCCUUGUCCAUCCACCUCAGUGGUGUCUGCAAUUGAUGAGCUUCAACCCGAUGCCUCGAGAAAGGGGAAGACAAGAGGAGGAACUCAUAAAUUAGGCGCAUCUCAUGCUUCUACAAGAAAAUUAAGGGAAAAAGCAAGAGAAAGGGCAAGGAAGAGAACACUACAAAAGAAAGGGCUUCUGCUUGUCAGUGGUUUUACUGAUAAUUAUGGAUCCAGGGUAGACAAUUGUCCACAAGGUACUAACGCUGGGGCUGCUUUUCCUUCACUGAGUUGCGAAAAAUCUGCAGCAGCUGGGAACAAGUUUCUCAAUCUGAGCACUAGUUAUGCAGCUCGUGACCUGGAGGUUGAAGACAUAGUAAACUAUAGCAAGCAGCAACCAGACAGUUUUGAAGGGGGUACUAAUACAGAACUUAUAAAUGAUCAUUCAUUUUUCAUAAGUAACAACUGGAAUCCCUACACCAUCUUCAAUCUGCAUAACAAUUCAGGAACUCCACUGUAAGCAUCAAUGCACAAACUUGAAGUAUGAUCAUCGCCAUGGAAAUUUUCAAAACAUGGGAAGUGCAUUGGUAUAGCAAUAUCCUAAAAGACUAUAUAUGUGUAUCUGACAUUAAUGUCACUAAGUUCCUUCUUUGUGCUCCAUGGGAGAAGGUAUUUGUGUAUUUAUUAUGUUAUA